AUGUUCAACUUUUAUGAAUCUUCUCUUCUUCUUCUUCAGCGUCUGUCCCGCUCGGUCGCGGGGUCCGCUUUUCUGGAACGUUGUCGUCAUUUUGUUCUGUCGGCUGCUUGGUCUGGAUGUAGUUUUGUCGCUUUAAGGUCUUCGUUCAGCGUGUUCAUCCAUCUUCUUUUGGGUCGGCCUCUUGGCCGUUUUCCAUCGACUUCCAGCGUGUGGCUUGUCUUCGCUAUGGACGUGGGGUCGGAUCGUAGAACGUGGCCAAACCAUCUCAGGCGAUUUUCGCGCAGCUUCUCUCGGAUCGUCGCCACUCCGAAUCUCUACCUGAUGUCCUCGUUCUUCACAUGGUCGAGCCUCAUGACACCGGCGGUCCAGCGAAGCAUCGUAGUUUCCAUGACCGCCAAUUUUGCUUUGUCCUUCGCCGUCGCUGGCCAACGUUCGGUACCGUACAUUGCCACUGGGCGGAUCACGGUGCGGUAG